AUGUCAAAGAAGAAAUCGCAUAAGUACACUAUUAAUGUUCCAUGUGAUAUCCUAUUCUGCAUCCUUAUUAGGCUACCUGUUAAAUCUUUGUUACGAUUUCGAUCUGUUUCUAGACCAUGGAAGGACGUAAUCUCCGACAAAAAAUUCAAGAAAACUCACAGCAAUCAAUCGAAAGCGUUGGGGUGUGUAAACUUCUUGUUAUUGAAAUAUUGUAGCAGCGAAUUCAAGCUUAUAAUUGCCACAGAGACACAAUGGUUUCCUCUAAAGGGAUUCGAACGUGCUCAUGUCUUAUGCUCACACGAUGGCUUGGUACUAUUAAAGAAACGUAGGGCUUACAAGACGUUUGUUUUGUGGAAUCCAUCGACUAGACAAUGCCUAGAGCUUGCAUCAUGUCCAUAUCUGAACAGCUACACAAUUCCUCAUGCUAGUGGAUUGUGUUAUGAUCCUACCACUGAUGAUUACAAGGUUAUAUUGAUCUAUAAGCCGUUUUAUCUUAUCUACUCCUUGAGGACUUUUUGGACGAAGAAAACAACUCUCCCUAUGUUAGAGCAACGUCUCUCUUCUAGUUUAAAACAAGUUACUAACAAUUUUUGGUCAUCAUAUAUAUGCUGUCAGGGAAUUACCACCGAGGGUUGUGUAUAUUGGUCUCUGGAUCCGGAGCUUUGCCCGUAUGUAAGACGAGGUUCUACAAUUAUAUAUUAUGACGCAAAGUUAGAAAAACUGAAGGAGCUUCGAGCACCAAUUUUUGUAGGUGAUGAUAACGAGUUAUUUCUUUUGACUACUUUCAAAGGUCGCCUUUGCUUAUACGGUGGAGAAUCCACUGACUUGAGGAGUAAUGAAACCGAUCUGGACAUGUGGAUCAUGGAAGAAGAUGGUUGGAAAUUGUUAAUGAAACUUCACUACGUACCAUCAACAUUGUGCGAGCGAGCAUUAUUUUGUUAA